GAGGGAGCAUAAGUUUGGAACUAUACAAAUGGGCCUGAAAUUCGAGGAGCAACAAUUAUACAAACGGCCCGGCAACUCUUCUCCCACCCAACCAGCCGCCGCCGCCCGUCCGCGGCCAGAACUCCGGGACCAACUCCGCGUGCUGCGGGUUGCAGAAUCGCUCAGAUGGACGGUGCCGAAGGAGCGGUCGGCGUCGACCAAGCGGAAGGCAGGCAGCCGCCGAAGACGCUGGUUGACUGGGCGCUGGAGAUCCUCGACACGGCCGACCCCGACGAGAAGGCCCGCAUCGGCGACCUCGCCGCCGCCCAGUGGCUGCGCGGGGACAUCCCGCUCCCGUACGACCCGGCGCAGCCCCCGCGCGACCCGCCGCAACGCCCGGCGCGGAGCGAUGCGGUGCGGCUGCUCCCGCCUUCCCGGAUGCCGAAGCUGGGGAAGGGCGGCAGCCUCCAGAGCCGGCUGGCGCUGCUGCACUCGCUGGCGCACAUCGAGAGCUGGGCCGUCGACCUCUCCUGGGACAUCAUCGCCCGCUUCGGCGCGCAGCUGCGCAUGCCCCGCGAGUUCUUUGAUGACUUCGCCCGUGUCGCGCAGGACGAGGGGCGGCACUUCGCGGUGCUCUCCGCGCGGCUGCGGGAGCUGGGGUCGCACUACGGCGCGCUUCCUGGACAUGAUGGUCUCUGGGACUCGGCGAUGAGCACGUCGGGCUGCCUCCUCGCUCGCCUCGCCGUCGAGCACUGCGUCCACGAGGCAAGGGGAUUGGAUGUCCUCCCGACUACCAUAUCAAGAUUCCGUGCUGGUGGGGAUGAACAAACGGCCAAACUACUUGAAGAUAUUAUUUAUCCUGAAGAGAUAACACACUGUGCGGCUGGUGUUAGAUGGUUUAGAUACUUGUGCCUCCGGCGCUGCAUCGAUGAUCCAAUUGCAGAUUCAGUUCCUCAGUUCAAACCCCAAUGCUCUAAGCUACCAGAAGAUGAUACUCGUGAUGGAUUGGCAGACAAGCUGCCACAAGUGGAGGAUGGACCGGCAAAAUGUAAACUGGGCAACAAACAGGAUCACGAUGAAGCAGCAGUCAUUAGGACAUUCCACAGCAUCGUAAGGGAGCAUUUCCGAGGACCCCUGAAGCCCCCCUUCAACACUGAGGCGAGGAAAUCAGCUGGAUUUGAGCCUGCCUGGUAUGAACCCCUGGCAGUGAAGGAGGUAGAGGCACAAACAAUCGAGUAAAAAUGAAGUGUAGUGUUUUCGCUGCCUUUCUUGUAGAAUCUGGUGUUUGACAGAGAGGCACUGCUGAACUGUUGAUUAUGGAUUGACAAAAAAACGGAAUGAUCUGUGGACCAAUCAAAACCAAACCAAGAAAUGUACGUGGAUUUCACUGUGAAUUUGUGUUUUCAAUUUUAUUUUAGAAUAUGCAGUAUCGUUUUUGAUUU